AUGUAUUUCCUGCAAUUGAGCAAACCUCCUUCUUCCUUUUAUAGGACCAUCAUUAUAUUCACUCUAGAUGUCAAAAAAACAAAUUGUGAUUUGGUUGGAAAACCUAGAUACCUCUUUAAAGAACAGGAAGAACAAAUGCUAGGCCGAGAAACACCGCCAUCCACUAAACAUUCUCUUAAAUUCGGUGCAGAUCUGCCUUCUCCACAAAAUGCUCCCUCUGAAAAUAGUAGCCCUAUUAAAAGCUUGAACCCUUUCCAAAACAAUUGGACAAUAAAAGGCCGAGUCGCAAAUAAGAGGAAAAUGCAUCAAUAUAAUACGGCAAAACGCAAUGGCCAAGUUUUUAGUUUUGAUAUUAUAGAUGAAGAGGGUUGUGAAAUUAGAAUUAAUUCCUUUGAUGAAAUAGCAGAAUUGCACCAUCACCAAGUUGAAAAAGGAGUUUCAUAUGUUGUUUCCAAAAGUUCUGUAAAAGACGCAAACACAAUGUACAAUAAGCUUAACAACCACCUUGAGAUUUUCUUGACUAAAACUUCAGUUUUGAAGUGGUGUGCCCCUAAUUCUGCUGAGCCAGGUAAAAAAACCCACUUCACCCCUAUUAAUGAAGUUCUCACCAGCACCAACAAUACUUUGGUUGAUGUUAUUGGUGCUGUUGUCAAUGUCAGAGAGAUUUCUAUAAUUCGUAGAAAGGAUGGAUCUACUGUAGACAAGAGAAUAGUAAAAAUAAAUGAUAUGUUAACUUUGACAAUUGAUGUUAACCUUUGGGGGCUGCCAUUAGAACAACUAGGCAAUGACUUGAAGAAUAUGCAUGCAUCUGGAACAUUUGUCAUCCUUGCUGUUCAAAAUGCAAGGGUUGGGUAUUUCAAUGGAAAAGUUAUUAAUAUUUCAGCGUCAACAACUUUCAAAAUUAACCCUUCCAUUCCUGAAGUAGACCCCCUCCGUUUAAGAGGCCCUGUCCAACAAUGCCUUGAUUCACACUCUUUGGAUGUGCAUGCCAAAAAUAACCAGUACCAAAGAAUGUCCAUUGCAUCCAUCCUUCAACAUCUUAGCGUUGUGCCAGAAACCAUUGAGACUACUAUUACAGCUGUCCUGCGAUUCAUAAAGGGGGACCAGUUUUAUUAUACAGCUGGCCCAUUACAAUUCAAUGGUAAAUAA